AUGCACAAAAAUAAUUACAGCUUGCUGCGUGCUGACAACCUGGCCAUUAACUACAAUCUUCCUGAACCAGAACCCCAAGACCCUAGGAUGCCACAACAAAGCUCUGAAUAUAUUUUUCAUGAAAACAAUACCGGAGAUGACUUACCCAGAAAAGGGCUCCGACACUACUGGACCCCGUUUUUGACUUUUAAUCCCACGGCAAUCGUGAUGAGUAAUAACAAUUUCAAUCGUGGACGAGGAGCACCACGUGGCAGAGGCCAAUCCGGCGGUAACCGCCGUGCAGCCCGCGACGCUGAGCGCGCUUACAACCACCAUAACAACCGCAGGAUGCUUGAGGACUGGGCGUACGAACCAGAACCUUAUGAUCCGCGUCGGGAGCAGAAUCGGAAGCCGACUGCAAGAUCCCAAGCCUUCAAGGAAGCAAAGGCACCCCCCAAGAAGACAGAACCGUCAGCUCAAGUGGUACCCAGUACGUCGGAGGAUACCCCCAGGGACGAACCUUUAUACGACAUCGGGCCACACUCUUCAUUAAUACCUGAGUUAGACCGUUACUGCCAGAAUUUUGACUAUGGAGGUUUCAUUCCCAUUGUCAAUCAAACUUAUGACCAACUUCGAGGCGUAGACCCGAGACUUGCUGAGCGGCUACCCCUCAGUAUGUUCACCCAUGCAAUGUCCCUACAUUUAAAUUUAGAUUUAGUUUUGAACCAAAGGACUGAUGUCAGAGAGAUAUUACCUGACCUUCAAUACAUUCCCCAACCUAUAGUUGAUUAUUUAUCACAUGUAUCUAGCUGCAUUACACAGGAUGGGAAGGAAAUAGUGAUGAAUUUACCUGAGAUAGCAGUUCCACAGGGUCCAGUAUUUCAAGAUGGUGUCGAGAUAGCACCAAGUGGUUCAUUCGGAGCCAUUAACGCACAGAAUCACAACGUUUAUGAAGCUUACAUCUGCCCAUUAGUCACAUCAAACCGUGUUAUAGCUUCCGCAAUUAAUGAUCCAGAAUACCAGCCGCUGCCUGAUGGACUGGUUCAUGGCAAUUUAGUUCCAAACCGUAAUCUACUGGGAUUCGACCUUAUAGACGCACAGAACAACGGAGCACAUUCCCGUUUGGCGGGUAUUGUCUUUCCCAAUGAUGAUACGAUAGAAGGGAGGUUCAGAUAUUCCCCUCUUUUACAGACACGUGUUUACACAGUCCUAGCUGAAAUGAAGGACCGAUUUAAAAUGGUUGAGAUCAAGCGAGAACAGAAUCCAACAGGCUUGAAUAUCAUUCCUAAAAUUCCAAAGAAGAUCACCGCCGCUAAUCUUACUUUUGUAGAAUCAGUUGGCCCCGUUAAUGAUGCACAAAUUCCAUUAUACGAAAGGACAGUCAACAUUCAUUCAUCCGGAGCUCAGGGUUCGGCUAUUGCCAACCAAGCUAACGUAGAGUGCCUUCAUAGAAGACGAAUUCCUGCGAACGCUCGAGGAUUAUGUUUUACUACCUUACAGGGUAAUGCUCCAGGCGGUUGGGUUGCUACCUGUAACUCAAAUUUCAAUAUGGAUGGCGAUUUUCAGCCAAACAGGACUAGGCAGACGACGAAAAGAUACCAAAUCACGAAUUAUAGUGAUGUGGAGUCUGAUGUUGAGAUAACUCAUGUCUUGGAGGAAAGUAGAUCAGAUUCGGAAGGCGAGGAGUUACUUACAGUGGAGAAUGAAGAAAAUUGUCUGUCCCCGAGUGAUUUCAUCAUUAGCACCCGACAGUUUUCAUCUGAAGAUAAUGAGCCCUUAUCUCAAAUACAAUCGAGGUUUAGAAAAAAUAAUUAUUUUGGCAAGAAUCGUUUUCGUUGGUCGUCUGCUCCGUCUUACACGCGAUCGAGAACUUUGCAGCAUAAUAUAAUGCAAGAAAGAGAAGGUGUAAAGCCAGCGUUUUGGAGUGCUAUAAAAUCUUCCACAUCACCGCUGGAUAUUUGGCAGCAGUUUUUUACAGAUGAAAUAUUAGAAAAUAUCGUUGUUUACACUAAUAUAGAGAAAAUAUAA